AUACUAAUGGAGCUUUACUCAGGUAUUGCGAAGUAAUUUUUUAAGUGAUAUGUAUUUUUAAAUAACAACAUAACGCCGUUAAUACAGUUCACAUUUUAAUAGGCCUACAUUUUGCGCACACACAAAAAUAUAAUAUAACUAAAAUGACGAGCUGUCCAUGGUUCUGAAAAAGAAGAACAUCAGAAGUCAUUUUAUAUAUUUGCAGUCUAUAGCCUAUAUAAACAUAAAAUAAAUCCGGAGCUUGACUGUCCAUCAUGUUUUUCAUUCGUUUACUUGAGUUAAGGUAGCGUUUAUCAUACGUUUAUUUUUCUCUCUGAAGCGUUAUGCCCGUAAGUUUCCUUUUGAACUUUCUGCAAAGGUUUUUCCUGUUAUUUAAACAGCAUAAUAUUUAUAAAAAUAUAAAUGUGAAUACUGAAAAUAAACGUUAAUGUAGAAUAUUAAAGUGUGAUUUGAAAUGAAAACAAUGUGUUGUGAAAGAAUCACUUAAUUGGAGAAGCCCACGUGACUGCACGUGUAUCCUCCGGUCAUAAGAACAGGUGGUCGCAGAGCUGAAGGAUCAGAUCAAACACACACACACACACACCUCCUACUAAAGAGAGUCGUUUUUCUUUUAUGAUUGAAGCCGUCCUAAAGUUGUGUUAGGCACAACGUUACGUCUAAAUCUUCUCAUAAAUUCUAGAAAGCUAAAGUUAAAGUUCUGUUGUACUUGUCAAGCGCGUGUGAGAUUUUCCCGUCACUCAUGAAGGUAGAGGAAGAGCUGAGGAGCGGCGGCGGAGCGGUGACCGGUGCUCGGGGCACCAACGACUGCUGCAUCACCAGACUGCUGAGCGUCGUGGAGAGCGAGUUACAGGCCGGCCGAGAGAAGGGAGACCCCACUGAGAAACAGCUCAAAGUCACCCUGGAAGAUUCCGAACUCUGGAGGAAAUUCAAAGAAGUGACCAAUGAGAUGAUUGUGACCAAGAACGGCAGGAGGAUGUUUCCAGUUCUGAAAGUCAGCGUGACGGGUCUGGAUCCCAACGCCAUGUAUUCGUUCCUGCUGGACUUCAGCCCUGCAGACGGUCACCGCUGGAAGUACGUGAACGGCGAGUGGGUUCCUGCGGGCAAACCUGAGCCUCAUAGUCACAGCUGCGUCUACAUCCACCCCGACUCUCCCAACUUCGGUGCCCACUGGAUGAAGGCCCCGGUAUCCUUCAACAAAGUUAAACUAACCAACAAACUCAACGGAGGCGGUCAGAUCAUGCUGAAUUCUCUCCAUAAGUACGAGCCUCAGAUUCAUAUUGUUCGUGUAGGAGGCAGCCACAGGAUGGUGACCAACAUCUCUUUCACAGACACUCAGUUCAUCGCUGUAACAGCCUACCAGAAUGAAGAGAUAACUGCACUGAAGAUAAAGCACAAUCCAUUUGCCAAAGCUUUCCUUGAUGCAAAGGAAAGGAGUCAUCCUAAGAAUCAUCUCGAACUGCCAGCUGAAAACCAGCAUAUGGGCAUCCCACACUGCGGAUGGUUCAUAUCAAAUCCCGACACCCUGUGUUCUGCCAGUGGUGGUAACUUUCCGUACCCAGGAGGUUUACCGCUUACUCCCCAUCAUGGGUACAAACACUACCCAGGCCUGCAUGGGCACCGAGCAGCCCCCUACCCAUCACCCUACCUGCCCCGCCAUCAUCAUCACCACCACGGCCAUAACUCAGUGUCUCUAUCUGAGAAUCUGAGUCCAGGUGCUGUGCAGAUGUUCUCUGGUCACGAGGGAUGGACAGGUGUGUCUUCUUCUGGUCCUGCUGCAAUGCUGUCUGUGCAGCCCGCUCCAAGCUCUCCUGGAGCCAGCAGUCAGUAUCCAUGCCUGUGGACUGUGAGCAGUUGCACUGUAUCAUCCAGUCCUCCGGGGGGCAUUGUGAGCGCCACACAUAGCCAGGAGGAGCCCGGAGAUGGAGGAUCCACCUCAACAUCACCCUGCUCUCUGCUGCAGGGCCACGGACCAACCAGCUCGGAGGGUCGUGUGGAUCAAGCCAAUCACAGUAGGGUAGGCGGGGUGAGCUGGCCUUCUGUCUCCACCCACUCAUUUUGAGUGUUCUCAUUUAUUUGCAAAGAAAUGUACAUGGUCUUUGAAGAUUGUAAGUGUACAGCUGGUUCUGACGUGUCAAUGGUCCUGUCCCAAUUGACUCCAUCAGCCAUUUCUCUCAAUCUAACUUCUUUUAUCUUUUAUGGUAGAAAAAUUGAAACUGUUUGUGCUUUCAGUGUGUUGUAAACUUGUCGUAAUAUUGUAUUUUGGUAUAUUAUAUUAAGUCAUUGCAAUGGAUCUGAGCACAGCUUUUGUGUUAAUGUUGUCGGCAAAGUCACUGAUUUUCUAACAGCUGCACAGAGGUCAUGUCAUUCAAAAAAGAAAUAAUUUGCAUAAAAGCAUCAUUCCUAUAAUUAUAAAUGUACAUUAACAUUCAAAAGUUUGGGAUCAGUAAGAUUAUUUUAGGUUUUUAACUCUUAUGCAAACCCUCUAAUAAAAAAACAGUAAAAACUGUAUAAUUAUAGAAUAUUAUUAUUAUUAUAUAAAUGAACUGUUUUCUAAUGUAAUAUAAUUUAAAAUCUAAUUUAUUCCUGUGAUGGUAAAGCUGGAUUUUCAGCAUCACUCCUCCAGUCUUCAGAGUCACAUGAUCCUUCCGAAAUCUUUCUAAAAUGCUGAUUUGCUAUUCAAGAACCAUUUCUGAUUAUCAUCAAUGUUGAAAACCCAAUGUUCUAGCAUUUUCAUGGAAAUUGGGAUAUAUUUGUUCAGGACUCUUUGAUAAAUAGAAAUUUCGAAAGAACAGCAUUUAAUUAAAAUAAAUCCUUUUUAACAUUACAAAUAAUUUUACCAUCACAAGUAUUAAUUUUGUUUAAAAAAAUAAAAUACUUACUUACCCCAAACCUUUGAAGGGUACUCUACAUGUAACAAACUCAUUCCUUUAUCUUAUAUUCUUAUUUCUUUUCACAGUCAUUUUUGGUACAUUUGUACAGUCUGGUAAUAAGUUCAAAGCUGUUAUCUGAACACAGAACAUCUGACUGGAGUAACUCAGAGAGAAAGCUAAACACAGCUACAACUGUGGUAAAACUCUACAAUUAGGCCCCAGCAUAAAUGGUUAAUCAAUUAAACCACUUUGGCUUGUGGAACAAGCCAGUGUUUUGGCAGGCACAGUGAUUUUGCUCUUACCUGGACUUUUUCCCUCCACAACAGCAAACACAUUCAUUCACGAUCUCUCUUUCUCUCUCUCUCUCUCACACACACAUUCAUUGCAUUCACACUUUCACAGGCAGAAACACAUACACAUUACAGUUGCAUUCACACAACUACUCACACAGCUCUGCUUCCUCCAAAAGCAGGCCUCACUUACCCGCAGUUUAAAAUGCUGCAUAAAGAGAAGACAAUUAUUCCCCCAUCAUAUUUUUCCGCUCUUGAAAAUGUUAUUUUAAUCGUGCCGGUGGAGUGGACCACUCUGUUGUUUUCACAUGAGUGUAAAAAAUAAUGACGGCUGUCCAGUGAAUGGGCCCUUGGCAUGUUUUGGCCACUAUGGGCAUGCAGCAGACUCACACACACACACACACACACACACACACACCGUCUCUAAAGGACCAAGAAAAUUUUCAGAAUUUUAUUUUCUUAAUCCACUGAUCUCUUAUAUUUUCAUUUUCCAUUUCUCUUAUAUUUUCAUAUUAGUACUUAUUUUUGGUCUGUGAUGACAAAUUGUAUUUUAAGCCUUUAAAAAUGUUGAAAAUUGAAAAAAAUUAGAGUACCUGAUAAAAAAAAAAAAAAGCC